AUAAAGAUUUAAUAACCUAACAAAUUAAUAAAAAAAAACUUUUAAAAAUUAUAAAAUCGGUAUUUGCAUAAAAUGGCUGAAAUAUUAGAUGAAUUUGACUCAGAAUCUCCUGCACCAAAACGUUUUUGCUCCAGAAUGAAUAAAGAACAGUUUGAAAAACAAGCAUCAAAAAAUACAGAGUUGGCUUUAAAAGAACUGGUUGCAUAUUUAGAGUAUAACCCAGCUGCAUUUUACAAUAUAUGUAGAAAGCGCCAACAAGAGGAGCUUGAGAGCAAUAGUAUUUAUGCUUUUUUAAAAAGCAAGUUUUGGUCUUGGUUAUCUAGUGAAAGUUAUGAAGAGGAAAUUAAUUUGGCUGAUGCUAAAAAAAAAUUAACAGAGUUUAAAGAGAACGCAAUAAAAGCAUUUAAUUACUCAGAAGAUGCAAAAGGUUUAAUUAGGAGAUCUUCACGUCUAAAAAAUAAAAAGAAUCAAGUUACAGCAAGCGAUGAAAAGAACUCUCAUAAGAACUUUACUAAUAUACUUGAGUCAGAUCGUUUACUAACUUCAUUAAUACAAAACCCUAUAAAAAUCAAUAACAUUAAUACAAAUGAUAAUAUAUGCAGAAACACAAUUUCACCUACUAAACAAUUACUGUCUCAACCACCACCUCCUCCUCAAGCACCUCCACUGCCUUCUUUUCAAAAAAUAACCAACUGUGUCCAUCAGUGUAAAAAUCAAUUACAUAAAACUGCAAUGUUUAACAAUUACAACGAAAAUACAAAAGAUUUCAAUUCAAAAAAUAUGUAUUCAUCAGUCCUACAAUCCAUAGUAAAUGGGAGAGAAAAACUAAAACCAAUUUCUAACAGAAGUUUUGAAUCUACACCUCGUCAACUCCGAAAAGAUAUCAAAAAAAAUCCAAAAGAUCGAGGAGAGUUUUCUUUAUUUAACGAAAUUUUAAUAGAUAAAUUCAAACAAGCACGAGGCAGCCCGUUGAUUGAAUCGACGUUGUCUGAAACUGGUUUUACACCUUGACAUUUGAAUUUUAUUUUUUAAAUACUUCAAGUUUCUUGGACGUCUUGAAACAGAAUAAUGAAGCUUUUAUGUUUUUUAGGAAUAUAAAUAAACGAUUAAAUAAUGAAUUUGUUUUGUAAAUAUUCAUAAGAUACUGUACUUUAAAAAUAUUCAUGAGAAAUGGCAUGCUGUUUAUUGAAAAACGUCAGUAGAACUUGA